UUCCUGUCUUGAAAUCUCACAUCUCGCCCCAUUUCUCGUCCUGACACUUGCAUCUGCUGCCACCCAGGCAGGUCUCCACAGGCACCCGGGUCUUCCUAUUGGAGUUGGGAUUCACUAGCCAUCGUAACCGGACAUCUGCUGUUCCAGUGUACUGUUCCCAGCCAUUCCGCCCCAGAGUCGGACGCAUUUCAGCGUCGAGUGAGCAACCCCUGGGCAGUGUCGCUGUGUGGCUAUUCCGCAGAUGCUCCGCCCCGGAGGUGGCUGCAUCUCAGCUCAGGGUCUGUCCCAGCUGGACGCCCCAGCCAUGGGCAGAGUCCUGCCGCCACAGCAUAAUGCCGGGGAAUGGGAUCUCCCGGCUCAGGGUCCCCCAUGGAGAGCAGGGGGUCCGUCCCCCAUUGCGGCCACAUUGAGGGUCCUGAUCCUCGCCCUGCUCUGGAAGGGGUCCCUGUCCCAGCUGCCCGGAUUUACCCUGACGGUGCCGCAGUCGGUGUCGGUGCAGGAAGGUCUCUGCGUUCUUGUCCCCUGCACCUUCACAUACCCAGCCUCGUACGACACCUACAAUUCCUGGGCCCGGCUCUACAGAUACUGGUACAAGGAUCCGGCCGUUGUGGGCUAUGAUCCCCCCGUGGCCAGCAGUAACCCCAGCCGGCAGGUGUCACAGCAGACCCAGGGCCGGUUCUGGCUGGUGGAGAAUCUAGUGCGCGGCGACUGCUCCCUGCAAAUCAGCGACGCCCGACGGACAGAUGCAGGGAGAUAUUUCCUUAGAGUCGAGGGAGACUUUGACUACACUUACCGCUCCAGUACCGAUCGCACUGACCUUACGCUCACGAUCUCCGUGUCAGGGCUGACGGAGGAGCCAGAGAUCCAGAUCUCGCCGACGCAGGGGCUGCCAGCGACACUGCUGGCUGGGGAGCCGGUGACUGUGACCUGCACGGCCCCUGGGCGCUGUUCCGGGCCCCCUCCCCAAGUCACCUUGACAGGACCGUUCAGCACCACAGCCCGGGACACAUCAGUCCAGCUGGCGAACGGCACCUGGGCCCGCAGCUCUGAGCUCCGCUUCACACCCUCCCUGGGGGACCACGGCAAAAAGCUCAUCUGCAGCGUCACCUACAGGCAAAGAUGGGGACCUUCCACCAGCAGAACCAUCUGGCUCCGUGUCGGCUAUCCAGUGAGGACUCCAGAAAUCACCAUCUCCAGAGCUAACAGGAGAGACCCCCAGCUAUUCCAAGACCAGAGCACCACAGUGGGGAACGGUUCACAGCUCACAGCCCGGGAGGGCGACUCCCUGCGGUUCCUCUGCUCUAUCGCCAGCAGCCCCCCUGCCACGCUGGCCUGGGUGAGGGGGGGCCGAGCCAUCGAGGGAGUCGACCACAUGGGGAAGAAUCAGCUGCGGCUGGAGCUGCCCAACGUGACGGCCGAGGACGGGGGGCUGUACGGGUGCUUGGCCCAGAACAAUGAGAGCUCUGCCCAGGGAACGUUCCAGCUGCUCGUCGAGUACAGCCCACGGCCGGGGACCGGGCUGAACUCGUCCUGCCAGCACCAGGGGCCCAGCGUCAGCUGCAGCUGCUCCCUGCGCUCCCACCCCCCUCCCCGGCUCCAGUGGCAGGUGGACGGGGAGCCCCUGGCUGGGAAUUGCUCACGGGGGGCCCUGCAGGUCAGCUCGUGGGCCCAGGGGGACGAGGCCAUCAGCACCCUGAGCUGGACAGGAAGUGGGGACAGGGUCCCCCGGAUCUUCUGCCUCGGCUCCAACCCCCAUGGGACCUACGCCGCCCUGCACUUUGACUUCAGUCCCCCACGGAGAGGUGCGGUGGAGUCUGGCAAGCUACUGGGCAUCGGGGUGGCCUGUGGGCUGGGGAUCGCCGUCGGCUUCUUCCUUCUCGGGCUCUGUGUGAUCAAGCUGCGGGGCCGGGAGCCGGUGCCCCCCAGUGCUGAGGCCGGGGAGAUGGCUAACGGGAGCCAGGCGGAGCACACGGCUGACGAGACCAGCCUGAUCUACAGUAACGUCCCCACCAUGCCCAUGCGUCACAAGACUCCAGCUGCCCACCGGACCAAAGGCGUCCAGGAUGAGGCUGCAGCAACAAAGGCCACGCUAGGCCCCGGGGAGCCAGAUGAGCAGUAUUACACCUCCAUCAACUUCUCCAAGCUGCAGCGCAAAGGGGGGGAGCCUCCGGAGCCCCCCACCACAGAAUAUUCCGAGGUCCGGCGGAAAUAGCCCCUUAGCAACAUGGGCCCAGGCUGGGAAUCUCCAGCCCAUCCAGUGCUGUUGGGGGAUCAUAACGAGGGGGGAAGGGGGCAAAGGUUUGGCCCAGGACGUGGGAAACGUGGGUGCAAAUCCCUGCUUGGCCCCGGACUCAGAGCGGGGUCAACUAGGCCUUGGAGAUGCUGGAGCACUGCAUUGUGGGGAGGUAUCCCAGAGUCCUCUGCAGCCAGGUACUAAAGCCUGCCCCUUCCCAAACCCCACUGCCCCCAGAGGAAAGAGUCUCUGACCUCUCAACCACAGAGAGUCUCUCUUCUACCCUGCCUGAGCCCUCACCCCCUCGUUUCACAGAUGGACAGGAUUGUCAAGCGCAGGGGCAGGAGCGGAGGGAUGGGCUUGUGGCUAAGUUGCUGGCCUGGUACUCAGGCUUCCUGGCUUCUAGUCCCUGCUCCACUGAAACUGCUGUAGGUGAGGUUGGGCCAGUUGCUGCAACUAUCUGGCCUCACUUUCCUCACCUUGAAAAUUGAAAUGAUAAAAAUAUAAACUCUUAGGGUCAGGGACUGUUUCUCACUGUGUUUGUGCAGCUCCUGGCACAAGGAAACCCACAUCUCAGCUGGGGCAGGACCUGUCUCUUGCUGUGUGUCUGAGCAGUGCCUGGCAUAACAGGGCCCUGGUCUCUGUCUAGGGCAAUCAGUGCCACGGGAUUAGAACUUCUUAAUAACAAUGUUCUAUUGAAGGUAACAACUUCACUCCAAAGCCAAAAGUAUCCGACUGUCAAAUGUCUAGUUCACAAGCUGUUACUUGAAAUAGAUUUUCAUGUGUCAUUUUUUGCCACUGCUACUUUUUUAACAAAGGGCCACUAACAACUAUGACUUAUUUGUGUCCAGUAAAGAAUCAGUUUUCA